AUGGUUAGAAUCAGAGGAGGAUCUACUAGUGCCGGACGAUCCUUUAGGCUUAGGGAUGAAGACAUUGAAAUUUUGGAACCACCUCCUGUGGCACCCAAAAAGAAGAUUGCAACCCGUGGUUGUAAGGUGAAGGAAACCGCCCAAAGAAAACUGAAUAUUCCAACUGCUGAAUCAUCUGAUGAGCAGUUGGAAGGACAGAACUCUGAAGAAAACAUUGUUGGUGGAAAUGAGGAAGCAGAACAGACUGUCCAAGGUGAUAAAGCUGUCACAAGGUCCUCUGCUAAAAGAAAGAGGUCUGCAAAGAGGAAGAGCACUCCUCAAUCCAAGAAAAAGCAGUCUGCUGAUCCCUCUAAUGAUCAGCAGAAUGAAGGAAACACUACUGGGAGUCAGAAAACUCCUGAACCCUCUACCAGGAAGUCUCCAAGGACAAGAACUGAGGCUCAAAAUAUAGAGGCAUCUGCCACACAAACCUCAAACAGGAAACGUUCUGGAAAGGAUCCUGUGUCUCAGCCAGAGACUGUUGCUGAGUCUAGAAGGAAAAAUUUUCAUGAAAUCCCUGUCACUCCUAGGACUCCUCGUGAUCAGUCAGGCUUUGUCUCUCCUUUCACCAUUCAUCCUAGGAAGUCUGCUAGCAGGUCCUUUGCAUCCAAUUCUGAAGUCAUUUCCUUACUUGAAGACCUCAAACAACAUGUCUUGCUUAUUGAAGAAGUACCUGAGAGCAAUGUAAAUGAGCCUAGAACUGAGCCCACAGGACCAACUACUAGUACUGAGACUACACCAGCUUCCAGUUCUCAGCCCAAGGAUAAAGGCAAGGCUCCAGCAACUGAGGAAUCAGAUGAAGAUAGUGAUGAAGAAACUGAGGAAGAAGAGGAUCCUGACAGUAUCGUCUGGCCAGGAGAAGGCCUGGAUUAUCUAAAAUCACCAUCUAGGCACUACUAG